AUGGGCACUGGGUUUGCACCGGAUCCUCUAAUCAAUCCCUACUCUUGUGAUGUUUGGUCUCUGGUGGCCAUCGAUAUGACCGAUGAGGAUGUGGUGGAAGCCACAUUUGGUUUCACCGUUGACGAGGCCGUCAAAGACGUCCACGACGAUGAAUACUAUUGUCAGUUGCCAGUUGGCGACCACGCGUGGAUUCUGACGGGAAAAGUGGGCCACCCGUCAGUAGCGAGAUCCGAAACGCCUGCUGCUUGCGUGGAUAUAGACCAGAGGGCGUCGAACGUGAUCUCAAGAGGGCUGCACUACUGUCGCAUGGUUUUUCGACAGCGAGGACUCGGACGGAUCCGAAAGUUCAGCCUCCGAUACCCUUGUUCCUUUCCGUCACACUCCGAGAGCAGUUGUUGUACCUCCAGUCCCAUCAAAGUCAGUCAAGGGAUUUUUAAGACUGAUUGCCGUGAAUCCACAUUACCAUCGUGCUCUUUCACUGCAUAUCAAGAUAUUUCGUCGUCUCCUGGUGUCGUUGUCGUGCUCGUUCUUGUCCGUCGUCCCGCAGGCUUUGGGAAAACUUCAUUCCUGGCCAUGGCAGAGUUUUUCUACGACGUCAAACAUCGCAACUCCCCCGUAACUCCCUCUGCGUUAUCAUCUACGUGGAUCGGACACUUGUUGCUGACCUUUGACCUGGCCGCGACAUGCGUAUCUGAUUUCGAAAAGUCGCUUGUCGAGCAUGUCAACACGGUCUUGAAACGAUUUUUGAACAAGAACCAACAGGAGCUCGAAAUCACACCGAAGAAUAUCUCCUCUUAUAUUUACGGAGAUGGGAUCCACUCGUUGCCUGGAGUUUUGAACCUUGCACGCUCUCGGCUAUGGAGCGUGUUUGUCUACAUCGAUAACUAUAACGCACCGUCUCUUGCUGCUGGGGAUGCGGCUGAAAUUAACGAAUGCCUCGAGCGAUUUCUUGUUGGUCCUCUUUCAUGUUAUCUGCAUGACUUCCACUCUGGUCUCAUCAUGGGCACUGGUGACGAACCGGAUCCUCGCGUCAGUAUGUAUCACCCGCACCCUAAUGUGUGGGAAUGCAUUGCUACUGACAUGACUGACCACGAAACGAUAGAAGUCUCUUUCGGUUUCAUGCCUGACGAGGGAACACUCGCAUGUUCGAGGGUCAUCGCUGCGAAGGCCGAUCCAUUGCAUACGUAUCGCUGGGAUGCGUCAGAUGUCAGGAAGCACUGGGUUUUGUGGCCCCGAUGGCGCUAUUUCGACCUCGUAAACGUAGUCGAUUAUUAUACACCCCCCGGGCCUUCUAUUUCUGCAAUGUAUGAUUAA